UCUCCGCCGUCCGGCGCCAAUCCUCGAAAACGGAGACAUCAUCGGGCCCCAGUUCAAACACCGCCACUUGCCUGCUCUCUUGCCUCGACCGCAUCUUCUAUCCUCCCUAGUACCAGGCUUGGCGAGGCGGCAUCAGGAUUCACAUACCUAGACGGGUGCAGCGGUAGGCUGUGUGGGCAACCAAAGGCGACCCUGCCGGACCACAAACCUGACACGCGCACACCGUCCAGCCCCUUACACUUUCCGACAAGAGCCAAACUCGAGACCUGCUGAUACGUGAGGAGGAUGGGCAACCAGCCUUCCAAGGAUGCCAAAGAGGCAUCCUCCAAGUCUUCUGGCAAUUCCUUGUCGGCCGACCGAAAUGGUUCCGAUACCUUGCAGUCCUAUCCAUCGUUCAGCAGAUCCGAUACGAAGGAGUCAUCUCGGUCGUUCCGCUCGCUAAGGUCCAAGAUCCCGGGCUCGGGAAAGAGCGAUAGCCCCAGGAAUUCGACUUUGUUGUCCAAUGGCGAUGCACCGGACAAGUCCGAUGCUGCGUCGGUCACAUCGGGGAAGAGCGGCAGGUCGGGUCUCUCACGUCCUAGUCGGCACGAGUCUCUGCCAUCCCUAAGUUCCCCCUCAUCGGUCGAUACCCCCAGCGCCGGCUCCCCUACUGCCGGCUCUCCCGAUGGCGAACUCCAACCUCCGCCCUCACCAAUACACUCCUAUAUCAACACUGGCCACCGUGACGUGUCGGCUGCCCAGGCUUCUGGCGAGGUCGAUCAUGUGUCUGACCAACCACCCUCUGCCGGUGCGAACCCCAACCUACCAGCCCAGCAGCCGGGGCAGUCUAUCCUCGUCAAGCGGGAGAACGUCAUCAACCCUGUUGCCUCGGCGACUGGAUUGAUUAAGGAAGAAACUUCGCCGGUGCCUGCCAUGAGUGAGCUGAAGGAUAUCGACCUGGAUGAUUUCAUCAAGCGUCUUCUGGAUGCAGCUUACGCCGGCAAGGUUACUAAGAGCGUCUGCCUUAAGAAUGCCGAAAUAGUGGCCAUCUGCCAACGGGCCCGCGAGUGCUUCCUCUCUCAGCCCGCCCUGUUGGAACUGGAUGCUCCCGUCAAGGUUGUUGGCGAUGUCCACGGCCAGUACACGGAUCUCAUCCGCAUGUUCGAGAUGUGCGGAUUCCCCCCGAGUUCCAACUUCCUCUUUCUUGGGGACUAUGUCGACCGUGGAAAACAGUCGCUCGAGACCAUCCUGCUGCUGCUAUGCUACAAACUCAAAUAUCCCGAGAACUUCUUCCUCCUGCGUGGCAACCACGAAUGCGCGAAUGUCACGCGAGUUUACGGCUUCUAUGACGAAUGCAAACGCAGAUGCAACGUCAAGAUCUGGAAGACGUUCAUUGACUGCUUCAACACCCUGCCCAUCGCUGCCAUAGUCGCCGGCAAGAUCUUCUGUGUCCACGGGGGCCUGUCUCCCGCUCUCAGUCACAUGGAUGACAUCCGAAACAUUGCACGACCGACUGACGUCCCUGACUAUGGCCUGUUGAACGACCUCCUCUGGUCCGACCCGGCCGACAUGGAACAGGACUGGGAGGCAAAUGAGAGGGGAGUGAGCUACUGUUUCGGAAAGAAAGUCAUAACAGACUUCCUCGCCGCCCACGAUUUCGAUCUGGUCUGUCGAGCACACAUGGUGGUUGAGGAUGGCUACGAGUUUUUCAAUGAUCGUGUCUUGGUCACCGUUUUUAGCGCGCCAAAUUAUUGCGGAGAGUUUGACAACUGGGGAGCCGUCAUGUCUGUUUCGUCGGAACUGCUUUGUAGCUUCGAGCUACUCAAGCCGCUGGAUUCCAACGCCUUGAAGAGCCACAUCAAGAAAGGAAGGAACAAGAGGAAUACCAUGCUGAACAGCCCUCCAGCUAGUGUGUAUCCUCAGAGCGUAUGAUCCGAGGAGCCAACUGGGCGACGCACCGAAGGGCCGCCUGCCUGCUUGGCCCAACACGGAAAGCUCCGAGCUUCGACAUCGCCAAACACGUCUCAUACACCGGUAGAUAUGUCCCCGAGUCCGUUCGAUUCGCGACGCCCCGCUACAGAAUAGGGUUAGCCCCCGGCCCCCGACCAAGUCAUACAACAAUUGCUGUGUCGAUUGCUAGAGGUCAUAGUGGACUUAUCAAGGAGAUGAGAGCGGGAUGGUUGUCUGGGUGGAUGGGGUGUGAUAGCCCCUCCACAGGUCUGGAAGGGCCGAAAGGAUGACCUCUUGCCCACGCUUCUCCUAUGAGCGGUUCGCUCAGCUACACUGGCUGCCGUCCAUUCAUUUCAACCAGGCGAAGGACAGGUUGUACUAGGAUCCGGGAUGAUACCACGGGCUCGCCAACGUUCUAUGGCGGCACAGAAAGAUUUGGUUAGCGUGUGUGUAUACAU